AUGGGCGCGAAUGACAUGGUGAUUGGGCCCCUGCGGCUGUUGCAGGGCGGUGACGCCCUCAUCGUGCGGCACCCCAUCUUUUCCCCUUUUGCGCCGCAGUACUUGCCCGAUGCAUACGCCUUGGCGGACGGCGUCAACUACACCCGCAUUUGCUCCGUGCCGGGCUUCCGAUCGGAAGGCUGCACGUAUCCCGGCCCUGAGGAGGGUGGAACACAGACGUACUUCUGGGGCUUCGUCACAAUGCUCGCCAAGGUCGAAGAUCUCACGGCCCCAGUCCAACUUGAGCGGUUGGAACUUGGAGCACACCGCGUCGCGGGAAUGGAGGACUUCGCCUUCGCCUACCGGGUCUUCGACAACGAUCCGCAUCCGUCCCUGGAUGACGCCAUCUACUGCCAGUCCGCGCAGGCCCAGGGCUGGAUGGACUUUGUGGAGGUGAAGGUGCUUGCGGAGGAGCUGGGCAUCGACUGGACGCUGCAGGUGAUGCCCCUCCACGGCUGGCCGCUGGUCUCAGCGGACUUCUGGCGACAGCUACUCGUGGUCUUGCCCAUGACCGGGCUGCUAGGCGUGGGUCUUGGCAUCAGCAUCCUGGUCACGAUGCGCAAGCGUGCGCAGCAGCUGGUAAGGCUUGAGGAGUAUCGCAGGGAAGUGCAACUUGCUUGA